ACGCGUAGCGUAGCCUUGCCUACAAUUUCCUCCUUAAUUUUUUUUAAUACAUAUGAAAUAGCUACCGCCUCACGCUUCUCCUCUGUCGCUCGGAUAUUCUCAUCGCCUUUUUGAGGGAAUCAUCUUCUUUCGUCGGUUCGAAGCUCCUCCACUUUGCAACCUUAAUCCUAAAAAGUUUUCAAUUUCCCCUUUUCCAUCAGCGACCUCGUUGCAAUCUAUGGCUACUAAACCACUUAGCCGUGAGGAAAUUGCUAAUACAGAAAAGAAGCUAGAUAUGCCAUUGGAUGACAUCAUAAAAAUGUCUAAAAAUACAACUAAGGUUAAGAAGCAGCAAAGGCCUCCGAAUAAAAGUCAGAAAGUUUUUAACAGUGCUGCACAACAGAAAUCUGUGAAGGUGCAGCAUUAUAUGGAUUCACGACCAUUUGUUCGACAGGGGGCUUUAGCUCAAAGAAGGUCAAAUUUCCAAGGGAACCAAUUUCCUGUAACAACUGAGGUUGCAAGGAAGGCUGCAGUUGCUCCUUUUCGUGGUAGACCUUUUAUUCGUAAUGGGUUGGCUAAUCCAGACAAAGCAAGGACAGGAGCUUUUAUAGUUCAGAGGAGGGCUGUAAAUGGAGGCUUUGCAGCUAAGUCAUCACAACAGCAGCAUCACCAUCACCAUCAACAACAGCAGCAAGGGGAUGCCGGUGCUAAGCCAAGGACUCAAACACUGGAUUCACGGUUUGCCAACAUGAAAGAGGAGAGAAUGAGGGUCUUCUCAAGUCGGAACAAUGCUGUCCAGCGCAAUGUUAGUGGCAUUCGGCCAAGGGUGCCAUGGGCAAGAGGCCGGUUUGGCAACUGAAGGAUGGUUUUACUUGGUGUCAACUGUAGCAGAAUCUCUUGGUACUAAUGCAAAGUGUUGAAGACGUGAAGGCGUCUGUCCAGUCUUCCUGCAUAUCCAGUCGGAGGAAGUUGGGUUGGGGAGGUUUGCCAACCGUGAACCUUGUUUUUUGGGUCAUUAAGUUUUCUCGGUUUUGCUUGGUUAUAUUGAACCUCAACUUCAUCUUGGUGCUUAAUUGGCGUUAUUGUAUAUCACAGGAUGUUUGUCGUUCGUGUUCUUAUAAAUUUUACUGCUGAUGUUUGGGUUUUUC